UCGAGCUGUUCGCAACUCGGGUGAAAAACUGGAAAAGCUUUUGCAUUUCGCGCUGAACACGAGCGUUUACGUAUUUCGUGGCAUUCGUAAAACGCGAGUAUUCGCCAUAUCCGUGUUUGUUGUUUGCCAGCGCGUGUGUGCCACUGUGUGAGUGUGUGUGUGUGUGUGAGUGAUUGAGUGCGAUUGUGGUGGUGCGACGGCCACACGCGCAACGAAAGCGAAAGUUUUGUUUGGCGCGCGUGUUGCCAUUGGCGUCUGCGAAUUUGCACACACACGUCCCCUCACCUAGAAUAGGUUAAAAGCGUGUGAAAACAAAUAAAGUACAACAAAAAAUAAAAAAUAAAGUUAAAAAACAAGAAGAUAAUGCUCAUUAUUCCCAAUGAGGGUGCAUUAAAUUAAGGGAACCUAAAGCGGAAGAAACACGGCAUCGACAUUAACAUCAUUCCUGCUGCAAAGACUGGUGUGAAUACAAGCUGCCAAGAAACAAAUUUAAGAGAAGAAAUAAACCAAGACACACUAAGAAGAUGGCGCCCACCAUAUGCUCGGAGAAGAAGCAGCUGCGCGAAACGCGGCGACAUCAUGGCGUGGCCACAGCCGCCAUUUCAUCCUCAUCGUCAACCGCAUCCACCGCAUCAUCCUCGUCCUCGACCGCGGGAUCCACAGCUGCAGCUGCCGCCACACAAGCUAGCUCGGUGCUUAACUAUGUGGCCAAAGGUUCAAUGAACUCGACGAGUCGCCGUCGACCUGUAAGAUUGCAACGAAGGAUGCCGCACAUCCUGGCACGCGUGACGUCCUUCUCCACGGACACGAGCAGCGGCGUGGAAACGGAGGUGGAGAUGGACACCGAGCAGCGGAUGCAGCUGGACGAGGACAGCUAUUCGGACGCCAGGAUCCAAGUUCUGCAACAACAGCCACAUUCCAGCAGCGACAACAACAUCAAGACAGUAUUACAGCCGACGACGGCUAGUGGCUAUAAUAGCAAACACAACCGAUCGGCAAAGGUCAAAAUCUGUGAUCGGGAGGUGCCACUCCAGAUGGAGGACGACGACGAUGGCGACAGUGGGUAUGAGUACAGUCAGGAUCCGAUUAAGGAGCAGAACCUGUAUAACCAGAAUAGCGAAGGUCUGCUGUCCAUUGCCAUCAAGACCAUCAAGCUGGUGCAACGCAAUAAGCUGCUGCAAAAGCGAUUGGCUCAAUUGCAGCUAGAGACCUCGGAGUUCAUUGCCUCGGUGCUGGCCAAUCCGGAAAAUCGCCAAUUUCGGGAGAAAAUCUCGACCAAAUCAGAGCCGAAGGUCAGCAACAUGCUGCUGCGCCACUAAAACGGUGGUUUUCUUUUUGAUCUGGAAAUAUCGAAACAUUUAAGCCCCUUUUCUGGACGUUAAAGAGUUAAAUUUCAAGAAACUUAAUACAAAAGCUGAGCGAAUUACAUUUUAUUUAUUUAUUUAAAUUAAAAUUCCAAAGCUAAACUUGGCAACAUGUUGCAGCAACAUUGAAAAAGGCUCAUACAAUUAUAUUGCCUACUUUUAGGCUGCGUAUGUAAAGCUCAUACAUACAUGGAAAAUACUUGUAAAAGCGGAAUACCAAGAAAACAAAAAUAUUUAAAAUUAUUUCAGGCCUUAAUUUUUGUGUUGUUAAAGGAUAAACUAUUUAAAAACCCUAUUAAUAUUCUAUAAUUAUUUAUUCCGUUUUCACGUCCAGAAACUCCAUUUUAAGGCGGCUUAGUUUCAAAGAAUUCGUACUGAUUAAAUUUACAAAAAAAUGCAUCAAAGUUUAACAAUUUAAAUAUAUACAACAUCGCUAUGCUAACAUUUACAAAAAUGAAAAUAUUUAUAUGAAUCCAAAAAGUCCAAAAGUGUAUCUGUAGUCGUUAAGUACAUUUUAUGUUUUACAGUUUCUACACUCAAGAAUUAAUUUAUAAUAAAUCUACCUAAUACAUAUAUCUAGAAGAAAAACCAGGCAUAAUCAAUGGAACCCUACGACGCUUUUCGCUUUUUACAACAAAUAGUCUUAGUGAAAAUUGAUUGACAUGCAAAGCAAUUGGUUUAAACAAAAAAAAUACGUAAAUGAUUUUCGGUAUUAGUACACUUAACCGAUAUAUAUAUAUUUCAAUGACUAUGCCUAAGAAUAUAUAUAAACGGAAACUAUCAAAAUGCUAGAAAGCAACGCAAAUCAAAGGAAAACCAAAAUACAAGCUAUCCUAAAAGCAAAUCUUUCCAAUUCUAAAACGUUUAAUCAACUCAACUUAACUGGCAUUCUUCGCAUACUUAAAAUUAUAUCAAAAUCAUCCAAACUCACCCACAAAAGAUUUCAUCAAUAAAAUUAGUGACAAAUUAAACA